AAAUAAUAUUCCAAAAUGAUUAUGAUUACGCGAUGCUUACACCUGUCGCAGCUUUUAUUGUGCCCCGCAACAUCCCUCAAGUUUCCGUACCCUCUCCUUGACUUUGAGCUUAUGGGCGCAGUUGGAUCCGCUUUGAAGUCGCCAAUCAUCGAUAUGUCUUCCAAGCAAGCGAAAUUCGUGGAAAAUACAAUUACCAGCAACAAAGUGGUGAUAUUUAGCAAAAGCUAUUGUCCCUACUGCACGAUGGCAAAAGAACCGUUCCGAAAGCUUAAUGUUGAUGCCCAUAUUAUAGAGCUCGACGGAAAUCCCGAUGGCAACGAGAUUCAGGCGGUUCUUGGCCAAAUUACAGGUGCCAGAACGGUUCCCCGCGUUUUUAUUGAUGGCAAAUUUAUUGGCGGCGGCACAGACAUUAAACGAAUGUUUGAAACAGGCGCUCUACAGAAAUAUUUCCAGUAAAUAGGCAGUCGUUCAGUGUUCCACGCUCUGUGCAAAUCUUAUGUACAAAAGUUAAAUCACGUUUUAAAGUUAAUGUUCAAAGUCCUAAAUAAAGUUUUUUAAUAAUGUCUGCUUA